AUGCUGGAUCGCCUAAACCAAAUCAUUGAUAUUCUGCACACCUCUGCAGUGCCUGGCGCUCUUCUGCAACAGCAAUCAUCAGAAGCCUUCAAUACAAGCCAUCAUGGACAAGAUGAGAGUAUCUGGGAUGAAGUUUCUUCCAUUUCCGCGGGCUUUCAAAGAGCUCAAGAGUCUCAGAUGAAGGACAAUGAAUACACCCCAGCUAUAAGCCAACAUAUUUCCUCGCAAAACGCGACGAUAUCUGUAGGAGAUCUAUCAUCGACAGAUUACUUGCGUAUUCCUCCUUGCGCGACAAGCACCAGCGGUAUCUUACAGUGGCCAGUCUUUGAAGCUGAAUUCCCACUCAACUGUCUAAAUACUAGCUUUGUUCCAUCAUAUGAUGAACAAGCCGAGCACUCAGAAAUAAACAGCGUUCGGUCCUCUGCCGCUGGAUUUGGUAUUCAGGAAGAAGAAAUUGAGGGUUUGGUUGAAGACUUCCUUACAUUUGUUCACAUCAAGAAUCCAAUCCUACACCCUGACACCUUGCGGUCGUAUGCACGGAAAGUGGCAGAGAAUGGUCCCCAAUGGGAUUCUAAAUCUUGCUUAGUGUAUCUUACAUGCGCGCUGGGCUGCCUCGCUCAAGCUUUUGAGCUCAAAGGGUUUAGUCCUCUAGACCCAUCAACCACACAGAAGCGCAACUCUGCUAGCCAUGAUAAUCAUAAGCUGCGCCGUGCGGCAGCUUACUAUAAUAUCGCUCGAAAGCGGAUAGGUCUGCUAGUACCAUCUUUAAUAACCGCUCACUGCGUCUUCUUUUCGGGAGUUUAUCUGAUGUAUAAUAUGCAGCCGCUUCAGGCGUGGUAUAACUUCUACCAGGCCGCUACUCUAACACACAUGUGUCUCAAGUCAAGCGCAUCUACAGAUGAAAAAACUAUCAGGCUAGAGCAGUGUCUUUAUUGGUCAUGCUUCAAAUCCGAAUGCAACAGCGAGAUGGGAGGAGAGCUAUCGUUAGCUGUCUCAGCACUUGGUACUCUUGAAUACCCCCAUCUGUUCCCAACUCCGCCGAGCGUGCCUAGUUUGCCAACUGAUCGCACGUCCCCUCAUGCAGACACUGUCAGUGAUUCAUGCUCACCUGCUGUGUCGACCCCAUACUCCCGACGAACAGACUCUUUGAUCACGUAUAAUGAGGAUCAAAGCUGGUAUUACUAUCUCACCGAGAUUGCCCUGCGUCGUAUCGGGAACCGCGUUUUGAACACCUUUUACAAAGAUGGUUUCAUGUCGUGGCUCAAUCUAUCCCCGCAAGCCAUUUCUGGGAUGAUUAAUAUAGCCAAACAAUUUGACGACGAGAUCCUUCAAAGAAUAGACGGACUUCCGGAUUCUCUGCGGUCUGAUCACGCAGACAUGAGCGCAAGCUCGCCUGGAGAACUUGCUCAUGUCGUACGAGCACGAGUUGUUGAGAUCCAAAACUGGUUGUGCCGGCCAUUCCUAUUCUAUGCUAUUCAUAACCCGGCACAUGACAUUCUUCAAGAAGCGAUUCGACCCUUUGUAGACAGAGCAUUGCGAUAUGCUGUUCGUGUCAUACGAAAAAACAUGGCAUCUAUUGAUGUUGAAGACGUCCUGUCGAAGUUGACUACGAGAGAGAAAGUGGAGCUUCUAUCUGGGACCGACUUUUGGCAUACUAAGGCAUUCCCCAAAUACGGAGUACCCUCACUGCGGCUAUCAGAUGGCCCAAAUGGUGUUCGCGGGCAGCGAAACUUCUGUGGAACACCUGGAGCAGUACUCCCCUGUGGCACAGCUCUUGGAGCGACAUGGGAUCAAGAUCUUCUGUUCCGAGCCGGCAAAUUGAUGAGCGAUGAGGGCAAGGCGAAGGGAGCACACGUGAUCCUAGGGCCAUGCAUCAACAUGCAACGAGGACCACUUGGUGGACGGGGAUUUGAGUCAAUCUCUGAAGACCCUGUUCUGUCCGGGCUUAUCGCAGCCGCGCUGACUGCUGGGAUACAAAGCGAAGGCUUGGUGGCUUGCAUCAAACACUUCGUUUGCAAUGAUCAGGAACACAAAAGAAAUACAUAUGAUGCAUUGAUAACAGAGCGAGCCUUACGAGAGAUCUACUUGCGACCUUUCCAAAUAGCCGCGAGGGACUCGAAGCCGGGAUGUUUUAUGACUUCUUAUAACAAAGUCAACGGCGUACAUGUAAGUGAGAACAAGAAAUUGUUACAAACAACUCUCAGGGAUGAGUGGGGCUUCGAUGGCGUCGUAAUGAGUGACUGGUUUGGUACUUACUCAACAUCUGCAGCCGUAAAUGCUGGGAUGGAUUUGGAGAUGCCGGGUCCAACACGCUUCAGGGGUAACGCUUUAGGACACGCGAUUUCGUGUGGCAAGGUCUCACUCGAAGUUUUGGAUGACCGAGCCCGAGCAAUGUUGAGUCUAGUAAAUCGAUGUGCUGCUUCAGGUGUCAAAGAAAGGGCAGAAGAGAUAGAGCUCAAUACCUCAGAGACCAGCUCGUUACUCCGCAAACUUGCCACCGACAGCACCGUGUUGCUGAAGAACGACAACAAUCUCUUGCCCCUGUCAAAGUCCAAAACGAUCGUGGUCAUUGGACCCAAUGCUAAGGUGUCUACGUUCUGUGGGGGUGGAUCAUCGGCCCUGGCACCAUACUACGCGAUCACUCCCUACGAGGGUAUUGUCUCGAAGACAAAUUGCAAAGAAGUUCCGUUUACAGUUGGAGCUUAUUCACAUAAGGAACUGCCGCUUUUAGGUCCCAGCCUGAGAACCGCAGACGGGCAAAUUGGCGUCAGCUUCAGCGCUUAUCUUGAACCACCGACUGUCGGCAACAGCCGGGAACGAGUUGACUACAAAAUUGUGAAGAAGACUGAUAUGUUCAUGUUUGACUACGUGUGCCCGAAAGAUACAAAAGGUAUCUGGUAUGCAGACAUUGAAGGGUCUCUGACCCCUGAUAUGGAUGGCGACUUCGAGUUAGGUCUGUGUGUUUAUGGAACGGCCAAAUUAUACGUGGACGGGAAUUUGAUCAUCGAUAAUGAGUCAAAGCAAAGGCAAGGGACGGUGUUUUUUGGUAACGGUACUCUGGAAGAAAUCGGUGAAAUUUCAGUGAAAAAGGGACAAACGUACCACCUUAAAGUUGAGUACGCCAGCGCGGCAACAAAUAAACUCGGAGGCGGCGGUGUUAUACGAUUUGGCGGUGGAGGCGUUCGGAUUGGCGGAGCUUACAAAAUCGACCCAAUGGAAGAAAUUAGCCGUGCCGUUGAGUUGGCAAAGAAGGCAGACCAAGUAGUCGUUUGCGCCGGUCUCAACGCGGAUUGGGAAGGUGAAGGCAAUGAUCGUCAAGACAUGUUGCUCCCAGGGCAUCUCAACACGCUUAUAUCUAGAGUCGCAAAGAGCAAUCCUAACACGGCCAUUGUCAUCCAAGCAGGAAGUCCAGUGGAGAUGCCGUGGAUAGAUGACGUCGCGUCCGUAAUCCAUGCCUGGUACGGCGGCAACGAGUGCGGAAAUGCAAUCGCGGACGUCCUCUUCGGCGAUGUGAACCCCAGCGGCAAAUUGUCUCUCAGCUUCCCUCGCCGUGUCAAAGACAACCCGACUUAUUUGAAUUUCCGUAGCGAGCGAGGCCGUACACUGUACGGCGAAGAUGUUUAUGUAGGCUACCGGUAUUAUGAGGCUGUGGACCAAGGGGUCCUCUUCCCGUUCGGCCAUGGUCUGAGCUACACGACGUUCUCUUUUUCGGAUUUGCACGUCACCAAUGAUCCAGCAACGGGUGUUCUGCGAGUAUCUUGCUCGAUUAAAAAUACGGGCAGCGUAUCGGGCGCCGAGGUCGCGCAGGUAUAUAUCACACAACACAAUCCGUCAAUUCGCCGACCCGUCAAGGAAUUGGUAGGUUUCAAAAAGGUUUUCUUACAGCCUGGCGAGGAGCAGGUCGUGACAAUCGAGAUGCAAACUAAGUAUGCCGCGAGCUUUUGGGAUGAACACCGAGAUAAGUGGAUUGUAGAAAAGGAUAAGUAUGAUAUUCUGGUUGGUAACUCUAGUGCUUUGGCCGCAGACUCUGGAGAUGGGACUGUCUUGAAGGGAGGUUUCGAGGUGGAUAAGACUUGGUGGUGGAAAGGUUUAUAG